UGCUUCUUCAGCAGCCACUGACCACCGCCGCCAGGCCCUUGACGUCCUUGCGUGAGUCGAACUAUUCAGCUUUAAGCAGUCAGCAGGCGACCUGCAGGAAUUCCUUCAAGAACCUCCCCUUCACUCUCUACCGCUCAAGAGGCUUCGCAACCAUGGCUCAGACUGCGGGCAUCGACCAGCUCACAAAGCUGGUCAACGGCCUGACGCUCGACGCCGUCACCGAAAAGUACCCCCAGGCUCACCCCGAAAUCAACCCUCUGGACCUCUACAGGGCACACCUCAGCAAUGUCCUCGCAGGCAUCUCCGGCGUGGACUCUCAGAUUGUGUAUCCCGCCAUCAACUGGACAACCGGCCUCGACAAGGGUGACUUUGUCCUUGCCGUGCCUGCGCUGAGGAUCAAGGGCCAGAAGCCGGAUGCCCUCGCCAACAAGUGGGCUGAAGAGUUCCCCCAAGAUGACGCCCUGUUUGACAAGCCCACAACAAGCGGUCCCUUCAUGUCAUUUUUCCUCAAGGGAGCCCCGCUGUCCAAGUCUCUGAUUCCCAUGAUCCGAAAUCUUGGUGAAGAAUAUGGCCGUAACCGAUUCAACGGCCUGAGGGAUCCCAAGGACCCCAGCCAGGGCAAGAAGCGCAUUAUUGUCGAGUUCAGCUCUCCAAACGUUGCCAAGCCCUUCCAUGCCGGCCAUCUCCGAUCAACCAUCAUCGGUAGCUUCCUGGCCAACCUCUACGAGGGCAGCGGCUGGGACGUGGUUCGAAUGAACUACCUGGGAGAUUGGGGUAAGCAGUAUGGACUGCUGGCUCUGGCCUAUGAAAAGUACGGCAACGAAGAGGCUCUUCUCAAGGAUCCCAUUGAUCAUCUGUUCAAGCUCUACGUUCAGAUCAACGCCGAGAUGACUGCAGAGAAGGAGGCCAUCGAGGCGCAAAAGAAGGAGGGCAAGGAUGUUACCGAGCUUGAAGCCAACAGCCUGGACGAGCAAGCUCGUCGGUACUUCAAGCGUAUGACCGAUAGGGACCCGGAGGUGCUCAAGCAGUGGCAAAAGUUCCGCGACCUCAGCAUUGAGCGAUACAAAAAAACAUAUGCACGACUCAACAUUGCCUUUGACAAGUACAGCGGUGAGAGUCAAGUCUCAGAAGAGGCCAUGGCCAAGCUUGCUGUGGAGAUGGAAGAGAAGGGCAUCUCCCGAGUGGACAACGGCGCCACGCUUGUCGACUUUACCCAGCUUCUGCCCGGCAAGGAGGGCAAGCGACUGGGUGUAGCGGUCAUCCGAAAGAGGGACGGUACUGCGCUGUACCUGACCCGCGACGUUUGCGAGCUGCUUUCCCGAUACGAAACCUACAAAUACGACAAGAUGAUCUACGUCGUGGCGAGUGCGCAGGAUCUCCACCUCAAGCAGCUCUUUGAGAUUGUCAAGCUGCUCGGCUACAAGGACAUUGCCGAGCGCUGCCAGCACAUCAACUUUGGCCUGGUUCUGGGCAUGAGCACCAGGAAAGGCACCGUCAAGUUCUUGGACGACAUCUUGAGGGACUGCGCAGACCACAUGCACGAGACGAUGAAGAAGAACCAGGAAAAGUACGCUCAGGUCGAGAACCCCGAGGCCACGGCCGAUAUCCUGGGCAUCAGCAGUGUCAUGGUCCAGGACAUGAGCGGAAAGAGGAUCAACAACUACACGUUCAACAUGGAGGCCAUGACCUCGUUCGAGGGCGACACGGGCCCCUACCUGCAGUACGCCCACUCGCGACUCUGCUCCAUCAAGCGCCGCGCCAACUUGACCGACGAGGAGCUGCAGAGCGCGGACCUGUCCCUGCUGACGGAGCAGCACGCCGUCAACGUCGUGCGCAUGCUCUCGCAGUACCCCGACACGGUCCAGAACACGCUCAAGACGCUGGAGCCCACGACGGUGCUCACGUACCUGUUCAAGAUGUCGCACGCCGUGAGCAGCAGCUACGACCACCUGCAGGUCGUUGGCAGCGAGAAGGAGCUGAUGAAGGCCCGCAUGGCGCUGUACGACGCCGCCCGCAUCGUCCUGGCCAACGGCAUGAAGCUGCUUGGCUUGACGCCCCUGGAGAGGUACGCCUUGAAGGCCCCUGUUUUUUUGGGGGAAAAAAAAACCCACUUGCAAUGCCCCUUACGGUUGUUUUCCUUCUUGAAACUGACUUGUCUAUCCAGGAUGUAA